UGUUGAUCAAACACAAUUAUCUCGUAUUUGCGUCCAUGUUUUGACUGCAAUUUCCAUUCCGGGCACAGCAUUUGUCAGCCAGACUGCGUGCAGUAAUCUCAUGUCAGUGUGUGGCUAAGUUAUCGAAAUAGACACGGAAUUUCACCGAGUGCAUUGAGCAACAACUCGCGGGCUCACACACUCGUGACACAGUCGACUGUUCCAUAAAUUGUAAGCGACUCGUUUGAGAGCGGACAUAGUAUUUCUACAGUCUGUACACCCAAGAAGAAAAUAAUGGCUUCAAAUAAAGGAGAUGGAGGUUUUCAACGCGUCGGUCCUGACGGUCCAACAGGCUACAGUAUGGGUUAUUCUUCAUUAGAAGGUCACCAGUCAGCUGAUGAUGGCGGAAGUAUCGGUUGCUGUGGUUACGUCUUGUACUUCCUGUCCCUCAUCGCUAUCGCCUGCACCUUCCCUUUCUCACUGUGUCUCUGUAUGAAGGUGGUGCAAGAAUAUGAGAGGGCCGUUAUAUUCCGACUAGGUCGUCUGGUGACGGGAGGAGCCAAGGGGCCAGGUUUGUUUUUCAUCAUCCCAUGCAUGGACUCGUACACCAAGGUUGAUCUGAGAACAGUGUCCUUCGAUGUGCCACCCCAAGAGGUGUUGACCCGCGACUCUGUUACGGUAGCAGUGGAUGCCGUUGUCUACUACCGGGUCCAGAAUGCCACCAUGUCCAUCACCAACGUGGAGGACUCCAACCGCUCCACCAGACUGUUGGCAGCAACUACGCUCAGGAAUGUCCUCGGAACCAAGAAUCUGAGCGAGAUUUUGUCAGAGAGGGAGUCAAUCAGUCACCUCAUGCAGAGUUCCCUAGAUGAAGCUACAGACCCAUGGGGUGUGAAGGUGGAGCGAGUAGAAGUUAAGGACGUCAGACUGCCAGUCCAGCUCCAGAGAGCCAUGGCAGCAGAAGCUGAAGCCGCACGUGAGGCUCGGGCCAAGGUCAUUGCCGCUGAAGGAGAACAAAAGGCUUCCCGAGCUCUGAAGGAAGCUGCCGACGUCAUCACCGAAUCUCCCGCUGCUCUGCAGUUGCGUUACCUGCAGACUCUAAACACCAUCUCCGCUGAGAAGAAUUCCACGAUCAUUUUCCCCCUCCCCAUUGACCUUCUGCAGUCGUUCCUUCCAAAAGGAAAUCAGAAAACAUCAAUGUAGGCCAAGGUCACUGGAAAUAACAUGACCGCAACAAACUUGCCUUAUUCUGGUUGGUCAGUGGAGUAGUACAUAAUUUCAUUUGAGAAGAAGGGGGAACAACUCUGUGUCCAGACAAUUUGUCUAUAUGCAUAGGUUGCAUGCUGUUAUCCUAAUAGUAACUAAAAUGUGAAAAGGUUUUGGCCUCUUUUUAUUUCAAUAUAACCCGUGAUUUCCAUUGAUGUUUGUCUUAUUAACAGCAUUCAACUUCAGGAAUCAAUCAGGGUAGAAUAUGUGGCAUGUUAAUUGUAUGUAUAUUUAUGUACUCCAGGUAAAAACACAGAUUGUGAUGCUCUUGUGCCAAAACCAAGACAUAAGCAUCUCAGAUUUGCUCCAUGAAAACAAUAUAUGCUGUAACAUCGUAAAAUGCUUCGUGUUGCGUUUGAGGUUUUAAUGCAUUCCAGUAAGGGCUACUAAUUUUUCUUAGAGAAAGAAAAUUUGAUACCAAAAUAUAACUGGAAAAAAAAGUGAUUGAUCAAAUAUGAUUGAAAAUGAAAUUGUGUAGACAAAUUUGACUGACUAAUACAAAGUCCAACUUGUUCUUAAGAGAUAGAUAAUACAAUUGAACACCUGCAUUUCAAACAUUGGAGGAGGUUCAAGGGAGACCACCCUUCUCUGCUCUUUUAUAAAAAUAUUGUAAAUAAAUGUACAAGUUUGUUGUCCGUUAAGCUUGUAAAUUUUCUGUCAUUGUUGUUUUUUUGAUCGUCAGUUUUAUAUUUAAUGUACAGGAUGUGAAAUUUUGCUCGAGAAGGUAUUUCUUUCAAUAGUACCUAUAGGGGUUAGUGAACUCCUCUACGAAUAUUAACGGGGAAUGUUUCUUUGAAUAGGAAUGUAGUCAGUAACUCACUUCUAGGCUGCUGAAGGACAUUUCAUGAAUCAAGCAUAAUAAUGAGUUACAAUCACAUGCAUAUAUUAUCUUGUUAAUAUAAACACUGUGUAACGCUCCUUUAAUUUCUCUGCUCACUUGCGCUGUCAUGAUCUACUAACCUGCCCCAUGUAGAUGCUAUGUCGUUAUAAUGGCUACCUGUAUAAAGUCAAACAAUAAUCGGUUUAUGUUAGCCAGUGUAUGUGUCACCCAGCAACUGUUAUCCAAGAUUUGUUGACCCUGAAGGUGAAAGUUUCAAAUCCUCAGGACUUAUGCUUGAAUCAGUUGAAGUGCUCCAUGGUACAGUCACUGUUUGUUGAAGAACUAGGGCUUCUCUUGAGCUGAGGGGAUAGUGAGGACAGGGAUUCUCAUCCUACAAUUUUCUCACAGAGUAGCAACAAUGUCUGUGCAGUUGGAUUUAUCAGUAAACCAAACUAUCAACCUCUGUUUGGCACCAUGUGUGGCAUCACUGUUUGCUGAGUUUCAUUCUUUAGAGCUGAGCGAUUAAAGCGUUCGCUUGUCACGCCAAAUACUGGGUUCGAUUCCCCACAUGGGUACAAAGUGUGAAGCCAAUUUCUGGUGUACCCCGCCAUGAUAUUGCUGGAGUAUUGCUAAAAGCCGCGUAAAACCAUACUCACUCAUUCUUUAGCAUACAAACACCUCCACACGUGGUUCCAGAUUCAAGGUUCACUUGGAUUAUUAUGUUCUUGGGUUGUCAGCGCUGUCCCCAUGGGUUUCAUCAAAGCGGGUAAGCAUGUGGAACCUGCAAUGUAAUACUGUUGAAAGUGGCGUUAAACUCACUUCCUCUGUCAGACUCAACGUGAAGGUCAUGUCCUUGAGAACACUGUUGUUCGCUUUAUGAUUCUCAACUAGAAGUUAAAAAACAAUGGAAAUGUCAUUGUUGAGAAAACUGCUUAAUACCUGUUUUAAGUUUUUAGAUAAUGGUAUAUCACAAAAUGAAACGACACUUCCUCAGAUAAACAAUGGGGAAAUAUUACACUUCACGUGAAGUAUUGGGACCAUUGUUGCACUGGCAUUGUUGCUAUUCUCAAUAGCUGUAGCAAGAUUUCUUGAGGGACCAACCUAAGCAAUAGAUAUGGACUAUGAUUAGAAGUGUAUGUUCAAUGAGCUGAUAUCAAAGAAACCAUAGCAGCUAAUGUAAUGAUUCUGUUUGUGCUACAUUUAUGUCAAGAUUAAUUAUGUCAUUGUGUUUGAAGAUUUCUCUAGUCCAGGUAGCGGUGGUUUAGCGGAUCACGUCUUGCCUUGUCAUGCAACUGGUCUGUGUUUGAGUCACUGCAUUUGUACACUUUGAAGACCUUGUGGAGUCCGCUUUUGUAAUGGUCCUAUAAAAGCCUCAAGUCCCUCAAGCAGACAAUGUUUUUAUUUUUUUAGACGACGCCCGGUUUUGACAACAAUGGGCCUAUCAAAGCCUCAAGUCACUUGUGCAGACAAUGUGUUUAUUUUUUAGACGACGUCCAGUUUUGACAAUAAUGGGCCUGUCGAUCAUGCAGACCAUUUUUAUGUUUUGUUAGACGAUGCCCAGUCUUAACAAUGUCGUGACUGUAUUCCAUACAACCAGCUCUUGUACUAUUACUUUAAAUGGUGUGUUGUGCAUAAUUUAAACAACUUGUGGAGCACUGUUCAGUUGGACCCUUUAUAAUCUUUCAGAACUGUAUAACGUACUUUGUUUUUAUCUGUAUGUAUCCACUCGUUUCUCUCGUAUUCAUUGUUUAACUGUCAUGUUUUCCUCUCCAGUAAAUUAAAACCAUUGCUCAAAAUAUUUUUGCAUAUUAACUUACACUCACAUGCACCAUUCUGACAGUUAUGGAAUAAAACAUAUUUUACCAACCAGGCUAUUCAGGAAAUUAAAACAAUUUAGCACUUUCCCUUUGGUUAGAUUCUUUGUAUUUUGUAUUUCCUAAAUAACAUGUAGAAUUUAUUUUUGAUUACAUCAUCGACAGAUAUGCAUAUGAAUUAAUGCGAAAUUUAAAUGAGGUCAUCUAAACCACUACAUUGAUAUUUUUUCCCCAUUUCAGAUGUUGAUAUUAGCCUGUAUUGCAUAUAUCUGUGGUGUUUUCCGAUUGCUUCAAACUUGAAUCGCUGAUAUGCAAAAAUGAAAUCACUCUAUAAAAGCAAUAAUAAUUCAGUGAAAAAACGCCUACAGUUCAAGCUAUGGUGUGUACUUUUUUCGUACUAUUUUAUAACAUUUUUGUACAAAAAAAGUCCAUGGGAAAUGCACAAGUGGAUCCCCUCUAAACUGUUAAUUUAACACAUACUUCCAGUGAAGGUUCACCAAAGUGGAUCUCUUGAACUUCAUUUUCCAGUAACAGUUUUACAGUGUUUCUUGGCAAUUUUAUACUGAAUUAGUGAUAGUUUAUAAAAACCUGCCCACCAUGAAACAUUUCUAUUCCACUGUGUGCAUCCCCUCCCUAAUGUUGUUCAUGGUUCGUGGUGGUUUGCGAGGUCACUGUGUUCAGAUUUUUCUACAUUUUAAUGAUCAAAUUCUAUGCUCAAGGAUUAUUUGUUAACCAUCCAUCAUAAUAUGUAUUCUAUCGUUCAGUUUGAUAUUUGAAUAAAAUUUCAAGGAAAACCA